AUGACUGAAAUAUCUUCUAUCGUUUGUAAUGUACCAAUUAUUUAUGGUAGAGAUUUAUUGAAAGUAUUUGAUUUUGUUGUUAUUCUUGAUUGUCGCGGUGAUGAUGAUACACAUAAUUCUUUUAUAAAAGGAUCUCAUCUUAUAAGAUUACCAACAGUCUUGUAUAGACGUUUAAAAAAUGGUACAAUUUCACCUCAAUCUAUAUGUUCACAAUUAAAAGGUUCUGAAAACACAAGAGUUGUUGUUGUACCAGAUUCAUUACAAAAUGAAAGUUUAGCUGUAAGAAUUAUUUCAUGUUUAAUGAAUAAUAAUUAUGAGGUUUGUUACUUAGGAGAUUCUGUUGAAGCUGUCCUUCUUGACUUUCCACAAUUGUCAUCUGUAAAUAUUGAAAAUAACACCCAAUCAACAGAUGGCAAUAAAUGUAUCGCAAAAAUUGUUGGUAAUUUAAAUUUAAAUAGUCUUAUGCUUAGAGAAGAUGUAACUGGUGACGAUAGACGACUUAUGGAAUUACAUUGCAAUUAUAAAUAUUAUCCAUCAGCUUGUUUUCCUGUUCAAGUUUUACAAAAUCUUUAUCUUGGUAAUGCUGAAACAGCUGGUGAUAGAACAACACUUGAUCGACAUAAUAUUCGUUAUAUUAUAAAUGUCACAAAAGAUUUAAAAAAUGCAUUUGAAGAUGAACCAGAUUUUCAUUAUUAUACUAUACCUGUUGAUGAUUCUCAUUCACAAAAUUUAAAAAAAGAAUUUCAACAAGCAUUUGACUUUAUAAAUGAGGCACAAAAAGAAGGAUAUAGUAUUCUUGUUCACUGCUUAGCUGGAAUUAGUCGCUCAGUUACUAUUUGUUUAGCCUAUAUUAUGUAUUCUCGUAAAAUGAAUCUUAAUGACGCAUUUGAUUUACUUUUUAAACAAAAUGGUUCAAUAGCUCCAAAUUUUCAUUUUAUGGGACAGUUAACUGAAUUUGAAAAAGAAUUAUUUGGAGAAAAUUCAAAUCCAUCUAAACAAGUUUUAACAAUUUCUAGUGGUGAAUCUACCGUAUCACAAACACCAUCUUCAUCUUGCAGUACAAAUUCAACCAACUCUGCUGUAUCAAAUACUUCCGGAAAUUCAAUUAAUGAAUAA